AUGCAUAGGAAAGGUUGCAAUACCUCUGUAUCGAGGAAUCUUAGCAAUCCUAGUGAAAGACAUUUCAAGAUCAAGGUAGUCGGUAUAAGUCCCCCAUCCUCCUUGGCAGACUCCUUUUCAUCUUCUAAUCAUGUGAACCUUGCAUCUUCUCGUUAUCCAACUCGACUUCGUAAGCUCCCUUCUCAUCUUGAUUCAUAUAUUCAGGCUGUGAAUGAAGAACUUGCUGCUUUGUUACUAGCAUGUGGGAGUUGGUACAUCUUCUUCCUGUUAGAUGUAAAGAAUGUCUUCCUAAAUGGCGAUCUCAAAGUGGAAGUUUAUAUGUCUCCACCCCUUGGUGUUCCUCAUCAUCCAGGGGAGUUCUGUAGAAUAAGAAAAGCUUUGUAUGGUCUUAAACAAACUCCCAAGGCUUGGUUUGAGAAGUUUUCUAAAGUGCUUUAUGAUAUGAUUUUAAUUGGAGAUGAGAUAGAUGAGAUUGCAAAUUUGAAAUCAAAGCUGCACCACCACUUUGAAAUGAAAGAUUUAGGGGCCAUGAGAUACUUUCUUAGCAUUAAGGUUGCCUAUUCUCCUAAAGUUUAUCUCCUCUCUCAAUCUAAAUAUAUAGCAUAUGUUAUUCAAAAAGCCCGUCUUACUGAUACUCGAGCUAUAGAAACUCCUCUUGAACUCAAUAUUCAUUAUACCUCUUUUGAUGGGGUUCUAUUGGCAGAUCCAACUCUAUACUAUACUAUUGUUGGUAGUUUGGCUUAUAUCUCCAUCACUCGACCUGAUAAUGCAUAUGCGGUUCAUAUUGAUUUGAAGUUCGUCAGUUUUUUACUUGGAUGGGAAGGUUCUUCUAUUGAUGGUAGGAUCCCGCAUGAUGCAUUGACAAAACAGGAUCCUUUGAUUGUCCUAGGUGGAUACACAAAUGGCCUAGGUUUUUUGGCUACAUACAGAGUCGUUCGAUAUCAUCUCAAUGAAUGGUCAAAAAGUGAAACUAGUAGUACUCUUGUUACCGAGGCUUCUUUUUCAUUGCAAAUAUAUGCUUAUUCUCUCACUGUUGUUGUUGUUGUUGUUGUUGUUGUUGUUUCUCACUGGUGUUGGCUAAGUCCAAGUAGCUUUAUGUUUGCUGCUCAAUGUGAACUUUAUAUGCUUGAUGUUGCUCUUUAA